AGGAGCGAACUUUCUGAAAGAAGAAGAAGAAGAAGAAGAAGAAGCAACAGCAGCAGUAGCAGCAGCAGUUGCAGCAGCAGCAGCAGAAGCAAUAACAGUAGCAGCAGAGAGAAUAGCAGGCCGAUGGAUAAAAGGAGGUGAGAUGUGCAGAAGGAGGAGAAUUCGAAGAAACUCUUGGUGCGUGUUUGUGUAGAUCGUCGUCGAAGAUCGAGAGAAAAAAUCAAGAAAAAUAAAAAUAAUAAUAAUAAUAAUAAUAAUAAUAAUAGUAAUAAUAAUAACAACAACGCAAAAGAGGGAAAGAGCAAUAAUAAUAAAAGGGGGAAAUAGAUCGAGGUUUUGUUGUGCGUGAUAGAAUAUAAAAUAGUGAAGUUUAAUUGCAUUAAAAGUGUCUCGGGGUUUUGAAAGUGAUUAAAAGGAGUGAUUCGCUGGGCCUUGAAAGGCUGUGAAGAUAUCAAGGAGGAUUAGAUGGUGGAGGUGCUCGAGGGCCUGGCUCUGGAGGCAACGGGGCCGUGCAGGGCACCUCGCACCUAUCCAGGGCCGGGCAAGCUAGCGGCCCUUAAAAGCAGCGUCGCUGCAAUCGUCGACGCUGAUAUUAUAUUGAGACUCGUCUUUCCUCCUUGGUUCUUGGAGCCCAAGAAGGGCUCCUACGUUCGGAGCGAGGCUGGCGAGCGCAAUGUGGCAGAGCGGCGGCAUUGGCGCCCAUGCGGCGAACAAUCCGUGGAUGAAGUUGAUGGGCAUCGUCCACAAGGAAAGGAGACAUCACGAUUCGGGUUCAGUUGCCGCCGCUGCGUCCGCGGCCCAAGGUUCAGCUACCACCGGAAGCAACGAUCGCACCCUCAAUCAAUCGCUGCCGAAACUCAGCAGCCAGGACGAGGAUGGGCCGAACCCUCACACCCAAUACACAGGCGUCACGCACUUCGAGCCCAUACCGCACGAUCAUGACUUUUGUGAGAGGGUCGUCAUCAACGUGAGUGGAUUACGGUUUGAGACACAACUGCGCACGCUAAACCAGUUUCCGGACACGCUGCUUGGCGAUCCGGCAAGGCGGCUUCGAUACUUCGAUCCGCUUCGCAACGAAUAUUUCUUCGACCGGAAUCGGCCUUCCUUCGAUGCGAUACUUUAUUACUAUCAAAGCGGUGGUCGACUUCGCCGGCCAGUCAACGUUCCCCUCGAUGUUUUCUCCGAGGAGAUCAAAUUUUACGAACUGGGCGAGCUUGCCACCAACAAGUUCAGGGAGGACGAGGGCUUCAUCAAAGAGGAGGAGAAGCCGCUGCCGUCGCACGAGUUCCAGAAGAAGGUCUGGUUGCUGUUCGAGUACCCGGAGAGCUCUCAGGGAGCCCGGGUGGUCGCCAUAAUCUCCGUGUUCGUGAUUCUCCUCUCGAUCGUAAUCUUCUGCCUAGAGACCCUGCCAGAGUUUAAGCAUUAUAAGGUCUUUAACACGACGACGAACGGCACGAAGAUCGAGGAGGACGAAGUGCCGGACAUAACGGACCCGUUCUUCCUAAUAGAGACUAUUUGUAUCAUCUGGUUCACGUUCGAGUUAUCGGUGCGCUUCCUCGCCUGUCCAAAUAAAUUUAACUUCUUCCGUGACGUAAUGAACAUCAUCGACAUCAUCGCGAUCAUUCCUUACUUCAUCACCCUCGCCACGGUAGUGGCCGAGGAAGAGGACACGCUUAAUCUACCAAAGGCACCGGUUAGCCCUCAGGACAAGAGCACGAAUCAAGCGAUGUCCCUGGCGAUUCUAAGAGUCAUCAGGCUCGUCAGGGUGUUCCGGAUAUUCAAGCUGUCCAGGCACAGUAAAGGCCUCCAGAUACUUGGCCGUACUCUGAAGGCCUCUAUGAGGGAGCUCGGUCUGCUCAUCUUUUUCCUUUUUAUCGGUGUGGUGCUCUUCUCGUCGGCGGUGUACUUUGCGGAGGUGGGCAAGCACAACAGCCAGUUCAAAUCGAUACCGGACGCGUUCUGGUGGGCGGUGGUCACGAUGACGACCGUGGGCUACGGGGACAUGAGGCCCGUGGGAGUCUGGGGGAAAAUCGUGGGUUCCCUUUGUGCGAUCGCGGGUGUCUUGACGAUCGCGUUACCCGUCCCCGUCAUCGUCUCCAACUUCAACUACUUCUAUCACCGUGAGACUGACCAGGAAGAGAUGCAGUCACAAAACUUCAAUCACGUGACUAGCUGUCCGUAUCUCCCUGGCACGCUAGGUCAGCACAUGAAGAAGAGCUCGAUGUCGGAGUCGUCGUCGGAUAUAAUGGAGCUGGAAGAAGGCAUUCUGCUGACGCAUCCAGAAAUAACGAAGAAGCCCAACUGCAACCCUCGCCACAAUAAUAAUAUUAAUCCAGCCUGCAUGAGCAUCGAGACUGACGUCUGACUACUAGUGAAGGAGACGGUGGCAGCGUGGUGGCCGGUGUUGGGACAGUUGUCAAAGAGCAGCUGUAACUCCCUACGGUGCCUAACGUAGACCUCCUUCAUACACACACACAAAAAAAAAAACAAAAAUCCGUCGUGUCGCGCGCAUGCGCGCAGGCGAACACGCGAGACGUGUUGCGCAGCGCGCGUGGCGCGCUCGACGUUCGGUCGUGCGCACGCGCGUGCGGUCCGUGUCCAGUCUGUCAAUACGAGGGGUGCUUCCAGUCCAAUUGCCAUUGAGAAGAGAAACGAAAGAAUAAAAUGAUAAAUGCAAAGGAAAUAGGAAGAAGAUGAGAGGUGAAUGAAGAGCAAAAAAGAAAAGAAAAGAAAAGAAAAGAAAAGAGACGAGACCAGACACGACGAGACGAAACGAAACGG